AACAUGUUGACGAUGGUGAUCCUGUCCACGCUUCUCAUGCUGGGAGGUGUUCCAGGGGCAGCAGCAUCUGACCCCCGUGUCCUCGGGCAAUCCAUCCGCAGCGAUAACACUUUGAAGAGCAGCUGCGACAGCAGGCACAAUGUGAGGACACAGCCGCCCCCGCAGACCAACAGUGGGCUACGCAGGAGUUUAGAUGUGGAGAGCUUCAGCCUUCACGUGAGCCCCACCACCAGCAAGAUCAGCCUGCCGACCAUCAUCAAGCUCUAUCCACCCACAACCCAGCCUCUCCACUGGCACGCCAACAUGCCCCUGCGCUUUGGGAGGGAGAGCAGUUCCGGUGACGACAGAGAGCAGAGCACGGCCCCCAACAUGCCUCAGAGGUUUGGGAGGUCCAGGGAGGGGAUCCACAUGUGUGCAGAGUGUCGCAACAUCUACGAAGCACCGAGCCCGGUGCUGCCUCAGAGAUUUGGGAGAAAUGCUGCUUCCUGGAGGCUCCUCAGAGCUCUGGCCAGUGGUCGCUCAUUGAACCCUGGUUUGCACUGGUAUGCGGUUCAUUGAGACUGAAGACUUUGACUUUAUAACCAGCUCAGAGGAAGAAGUGGGGAUGGAAGAAAAAAACAAGAUAUUUACAAUCCUUCAGUGAGGACUGCUUCAGAUGGAGACAUCAACAUGUAAUGUUCUUUUGUAAUAAAUUACUGAUAAAAGCAAAGUUUUGAUUCCAGCUAUUUACACUUGAAUUACACCUGUUUGAAUAAAGUUAUAUUAUCAAGAUGGAAAACACAUCUUAAACAAUAAGAUUACAAUUUUUAAACAUAAAAAUAAAGGUUUAAGCACAAAGUGACACGAAAUAGUAUCAUUGCCUUAUUUGUGUUUGCCUGAUUCAACUUUGAUCUGAAACUCAUACAGAUCCACAGCAUCAGUCUCUCAUGAAAGAAAGGUUGAAUUUAGCAACAGGACUAUUUCUAUAGUUCAAAGACGCUGCGCCCCAAAUAUAUGUAUACUAUUUAAUACAAAAGGCUUUCUUCUUAUUCAGCUCCAUC